UUGAAACGAUAAAAGUAUUUAUUCUUCCUUAACUUAAAUUUUGUGUAUCCACCAUUAUGAUAAUAAUCCCCAUCACAUCUUUAAAAUAGAAAAUCAAAUCUUGUCUAAGUCGUAAAAUGUCCCAUCUUCAGUUGUCAGCUUUCUCUUCCCUCGACCUGCCCUAUGCAUUAGGCAUUAACAAAUGAAUAAAGCACUAACCUAUCAAGAGGAAACUUCCAUAGUCAAAAGUAAUUUCCAACAAAAGCAUUAAUCACUGACUAAUGAAUUACUAUCACACCUUCAUACAAGAAUAAUUUCUCCAAAAAUGAGUCCUGAUUCUGCAACUCCCAUUACUCUAACCCAUUCCGUGGAAGAUGAAAUUGAAACCUCCUCUUCGGAAGCCAUUGAUGCCUUUCUUAGAUCAAGGGCUACUAAUAACAUCGACCCAGUUCACAGCAACAGAUUUUGUUCAUCUCAAUCUUCCAGUACAAAUUCCCUUUCUUGGGAAGAUAAUUUUGUCCCAAUCGAACCAGAUUUGUACAAGUUUUUGGUAAAUGGAACGAAAGAUGAAAUUUUAGGUUUAAGUACAAAUUUAGAGGAGUUUAAGUCUUCGGAAGAAAGAAAUUCUGUUCUUCAUAUAGCAGCAAGUGCGGGACAAUCUGACCUAAUUUCUGAUAUUCUUCCCCAAUGUAAAGAAUUGAUUAAAUGGAAGAACAUAAAAGGUGAUCUUCCCCUUCAUUCUGCUGCUAAAUCUGGGCAAUUUAAUGCCCUUAAAGCUUUGAUUACUUGGGAUGGUUUUAGUAAAGAAAUUUUGGGGUGGGUAAAUAAGGAAGGGGAUACUGUUUUGCAUAUUGCAUUACAGAAUAAUCAAAAAGAAAUGGGUGAGUUUUUGGUGGGUGAGUAUUGUAUUGGUAAAGCUUGUUAUAUGAUGAAUAAAGAGAAAGUUUGUCCUUUGUAUUUGGGUAUUAAGUUAGGUUAUUGGGAACUUGUGAGGAAUAUUAUUUCUUAUACAAGUCAAAAUAAAGAAGAUUCAGAGGAGGCUCUUCUUCAAGGAAUGUCUGUUGCUCAUGCUGCCAUUGAGGUUAAUAACAUAGAGGUCUUGAAGGAACUAUUAAGCAACCACAGAAAUCCGAUUGAGUCGUGGGAUGAGGAAGGUCGGAGUCCAUUAUCGUACGCAGCAUUCAAAGGUUACCUUGAAGUGGUUCAAUACUUGCACAAGGAAUUUCCUGAGUGUGCAUUCAAAUGUGACAAGGAUGAGGAGGGCUCAUUUCCUAUUCAUAAGGCAGCAAGUGGUGGGAGUAUAAAGGUCAUCAAAGAGCUGCACCAUACUAAGAGCUUGCUUAAUAGGACAGAACAGAAUAUUCUUCACGUCGCAGCUGCGAGUGGCAAAUCAAAACUUGUCUCUUAUCUUUUAAAUGUGCCGGAGUUACAGGGCCUAAUUAAUCGAAAAGACAAAGAUCAAAACACGCCUUUGCAUUUGGCUACCAAAGGAUUCCAUCCAAGGGUGGUGUAUAUUUUGACGCGAGAAAGGAGGUGCAAGUGCGAGUUGCAGAACAAGGAUGGGCUGACAGCUCUUGACGUCGCUGAGAUCCAUUCAGGGCCAUACCCCACAUUUAAAGCACGUUUGACAUGGAUGGCUUUAAGGUAUGUGGAUGCACCUCGAAGCUCACAGUUAACAAGGAAGAGGUAUGUACAAAAGAACGGUAUACAAAAGCAAUACAAUAAAGUUAAUGACACAAAAGCGUUGGAAGGCUACAAGGAUAGAGUUGAUACUCACUUACUGGUGGCAACACUAGUGGCAACUGUGACUUUUGCAGCCGGGUUUACUCUCCCAGGAGGAUACAAUCAGUCUAAUCCCGACAUAGGCAUGGCAGUCCUCGCCCAUUUUUGGGCGUUCAAAGCGUUUGUACUAUGCAACACAGCAGCAUUAUACAGUGCUAUCUUAAGUGUUGUGAGCCUCAUGUGGGCAUACAUGGGGGAUCGUAAACUAAUCCUAGUUUCCCUUAAGUUUGCACUGCCCUUGCUCGGGUUUGCGCUUGCUAUGAUGUCUUUAGCCUUUAUGAUGGGUAUAUUCGUCGUGUUGAAAACUGUAUCGUGGCUUUCUUAUGUGGUUUUGGGCAUAGGUUCUGUCUUCUUGCUUAUUGUGCUUGUAUUUUUUAUUCCACUUUACAAUCCUUCUUAUAUAAGGAAUUCUUUAGUAAGGUUUUUCUUUUCUGGUACCUUCCUGUUGUUGCUUAUAGUGUGUGAAAAUAGCAUUACUGAAUAUGACUAAAAACAUUUUGGUGUGUAAGUUCUUUGAGAGAUUGUUGAUUUGUGCUAUAAGUAUAAAGUUUUUUGCA